UUUUGAGAGGGACAUAACUAGUGUGAUGGCUUAGAGCUGAGGCUCCAGGCCACAUAGAUCAAAAACUCUACGUUUUAGCUGUGUUCAGUUGUUCAGGAAAAUCUUCUUCUUGAGGUCCAGUAAAAUCAUCAACAGGAGACAGAGUUCUGAGCGGCAAAGUCUUUAAUUUCGACAAAAAAAGGAGAAUGCACGAUAUGCACGGUUGUCUUUGUGACUGAAGACGUCUGACGCUAACACUCCAGUGCACAUCCUAGUUGCUGUAGGAGCGACACAUAGACAGUCAGUGGCUGUCCUGCAUUUUAAGAAGGGAACGGCUAAAGAGAUAAUGAGGUUUAACUCAUGGAUUAUGCGCUGAUCAUCUUCAUCCUCACAGGAGCACUGUUCAGUGUUGGCUCUGCCCAAACCCGUCAGUACUACUUUGUAAAUACAGCACUGAACUGGACUGAAGCUCAGGGCUUCUGCAGGCAGGUCUACACUGACCUGGCCACCCUAGAAAACACAGAUGAUGUCAGUGCUGCUGUCAGCACAUCAAACUACACAGGCAAGGCUUGGAUAGGUCUUUAUGAUGAUUUGAUCAACAGCUGGAGAUGGUCCCUGACUGACAACAGCUACUAUGGUGAAGGAGAGACAGAGUUUAGAAACUGGUAUACUCAACAGCCUAACAAUCUUGGAGAUGAGCAGUACUGUGUAGAGUUAUUUAGUGGGAGUCCAUACUUUGGCACAUGGGGUGACUCUUCAUGCAGCCUCCUGCGACCCUUUGUGUGCUACAACGGGACAGUAAAUGGCACAGCAACCUUUGUCAGCUACCUCAGCAUGUCGAAGAAUUGGACUGAAGCUCAGAGAUAUUGCAGGGAGAAUCAUAUUGAUCUAGCCAGUAUUCGAAAUCAGACAGAGAAUGAGAUCAUCACAAACCUUGCAAACGGGUUCUUUGUGUGGAUCGGUCUGUACCGGGAAAAACUGUGGUCUGAUGGAAGCAUGUCUCUUUUUCGACACUGGGCUGAUGGGCAACCAGACAUUGGCGCAGAGCAGUGUGUCACAGCAGCGUUCAAUGACUCAGGGCGUUGGUCAGAUGAUGACUGCUCCCUCAGUUUUCCAUUCAUUUGUCACCAAACAAUUGUACCCAAUGCAGAAAACUUCAGACCAACCGGACAAGAUGAGACCUUUAUCAUUCUGCAGUGGGACAAAGUGAACAACAAUGUCAACUUUAUUCUCCAGUAUAAUGAAGCAGAGGUGGCCAUCGCUGCACCAGAUGGAGAUGGACCAGUAACUCACACAGUGUCAUCUCUCAUUUCUGGAACUCGGUACACCUUCACUCUCUUCUCUGUAUUUGGGGACAUCAGAAGCAGUGGAGUAAACAUUAUUGCUGUCACUGCUCCUCCAAAUGCAGAAAACUUCAGACCAACAGGACAAGAUGAGAGCAGUAUCACUCUGCAGUGGGACAAAGUGAACAGCAAUGUCAGCUUUAUUCUCCAGUAUAAUGGUGCAGAGAUAAACAUCAGUGCACCAGAUGGAGAUGGACCAGUAACUCACACAGUGUCAUCUCUCGCUGCUGGGACUCAGUACACCUUCACUCUCUUCUCUGUGUUUGAGAGUGUCAGAAGCAGUGGAGUAAAUGCUGUUGCUGUCACUGCUCCUCCAAAUGCAGAAAACUUUGGACCAUCAGGACAAGAUGAGAGCAGUAUCACUCUGCAGUGGGACAAAGUGAACAGCAAUGUCAGCUUUAUUCUCCAGUAUAAUGGUGCAGAGAUAAACAUCAGUGCACCAGAUGGAGAUGGACCAGUAACUCACACAGUGUCAUCUCUCGCUGCUGGGACUCAGUACACCUUCACUCUCUUCUCUGUGUUUGAGAGCGUCAGAAGCAGUGGAGUAAAUGCUGUUGCUGUCACUGCUCCUCCAAAUGCAGAAAACUUCAGACCAACAGGACAAGAUGAGAGCAGUAUCACUCUGCAGUGGGACAAAGUGAACAGCAAUGUCAGCUUUAUUCUCCAGUAUAAUGGUGCAGAGAUAAACAUCAGUGCACCAGAUGGAGAUGGACCAGUAACUCACACAGUGUCAUCUCUCGCUGCUGGGACUCAGUACACCUUCACUCUCUUCUCUGUGUUUGAGAGCGUCAGAAGCAGUGGAGUAAAUGCUGUUGCUGUCACUGCUCCUCCAAAUGCAGAAAACUUUGGACCAUCAGGACAAGAUGAGAGCAGUAUCACUCUGCAGUGGGACAAAGUGAACAGCAAUGUCAGCUUUAUUCUCCAGUAUAAUGGUACAGAGAUAAACAUCAGUGCACCAGAUGGAGAUGGACCAGUAACUCACACAGUGUCAUCUCUCACUGCUGGGACUCAGUACACCUUCACUCUCUUCUCUGUGUUUGAGAGUGUCAGAAGCAGUGGAGUAAAUGCUGUUGCUGUCACUGCUCCUCCAGAUGCAGACAACUUUGGACCAUCAGGACAAGAUGAGACCAGUAUCACUCUGCAGUGGGACAAAGUGAACAGCAAUGUCAGCUUUAUUCUCCAGUAUAAUGGUGCAGAGAUAAACAUCAGUGCACCAGAUGGAGAUGGACCAGUAACUCACACAGUGUCAUCUCUCACUGCUGGGACUCAGUACACCUUCACUCUCUUCUCUGUGUUUGAGAGUGUCAGAAGCAGUGGAGUAAAUGCUGUUGCUGUCACUGCUCCUCCAAAUGCAGAAAACUUUGGACCAUCAGGACAAGAUGAAACCAGUAUCUCUCUGCAGUGGGACAAAGUGAACAGCAAUGUCAGCUUUAUUCUCCAGUAUAAUGGUGCAGAGAUAAACAUCAGUGCACCAGAUGGAGAUGGACCAGUAACUCACACAGUGUCAUCUCUCACUGCUGGGACUCAGUACACCUUCACUCUCUUCUCUGUGUUUGAAAGCGUCAGAAGCAGUGGAGUAAAUGCUGUUGCUGUCACUGCUCCUCCAAAUGCAGAAAACUUUGGACCAUCAGGACAAGAUGAGAGCAGUAUCACUCUGCAGUGGGACAAAGUGAACAGCAAUGUCAGUUUUAUCCUCCAGUAUAAUGGUGCAGAGAUAAACAUCAGUGCACCAGAUGGAGAUGGACCAGUAACUCACACAGUGUCAUCUCUCACUGCUGGGACUCAGUACACCUUCACUCUCUUCUCUGUGUUUGAGAGCGUCAGAAGCAGUGGAGUAAAUGCUGUUGCUGUCACUGCUCCUCCAAAUGCAGAAAACUUUGGACCAUCAGGACAAGAUGAGAGCAGUAUCACUCUGCAGUGGGACAAAGUGAACAGCAAUGUCAGCUUUAUUCUCCAGUAUAAUGGUGCAGAGAUAAACAUCAGUGCACCAGAUCUAUAUGGAAUAGAUGAAUUCAGCGGUGAUGGACAAGAUGAGACCAGCAUCACUGCACAGUGGGAUCCAGUGAACAGCAAUGUCAGCUUUAAUCACCAGCAUAAUGGUACAGAUAUCAUCAUCAGUGCACCAAAUGGAGAUGGACCAGUAACUCACACAGUGUCAUCUCUCACUGCUGGGACUCAGUACACCUUCACUCUCUUCUCUGUGUUUGAGAGCAUCAGAAGCAGUGGAGUAAAUGCUGUUGCUGUCACUGCUCCUCCAAAUGCAGAAAACUUUGGACCAUCAGGACAAGAUGAGAGCAGUAUCACUCUGCAGUGGGACAAAGUGAACAGCAAUGUCAGCUUUAUCCUCCAGUAUAAUGGUGCACAGAUAAACAUCAGUGCACCAGAUGGAGAUGGACCAGUAACUCACACAGUGUCAUCUCUCGCUGCUGGGACUCAGUACACCUUCACUCUCUUCUCUGUGUUUGAGAGCGUCAGAAGCAGUGGAGUAAAUGCUGUUGCUGUCACUGCUCCUCCAGAUGCAGAAAACUUUGGACCAUCAGGACAAGAUGAGACCAGUAUCACUCUGCAGUGGGACAAAGUGAACAGCAAUGUCAGCUUUAUUCUCCAGUAUAAUGGUGCAGAGAUAAACAUCAGUGCACCAGAUGGAGAUGGACCAGUAACUCACACAGUGUCAUCUCUCGCUGCUGGGACUCAGUACACCUUCACUCUCUUCUCUGUGUUUGAAAGCGUCAGAAGCAGUGGAGUAAAUGCUGUUGCUGUCACUGCUCCUCCAAAUGCAGAAAACUUUGGACCAUCAGGACAAGAUGAGAGCAGUAUCACUCUGCAGUGGGACAAAGUGAACAGCAAUGUCAGCUUUAUCCUCCAGUAUAAUGGUGCACAGAUAAACAUCAGUGCACCAGAUGGAGAUGGACCAGUAACUCACACAGUGUCAUCUCUCACUGCUGGGACUCAGUACACCUUCACUCUCUUCUCUGUGUUUGAGAGUGUCAGAAGCAGUGGAGUAAAUGCUGUUGCUGUCACUGCUCCUCCAAAUGCAGAAAACUUUGGACCAUCAGGACAAGAUGAGAGCAGUAUCACUCUGCAGUGGGACAAAGUGAACAGCAAUGUCAGCUUUAUCCUCCAGUAUAAUGGUGCACAGAUAAACAUCAGUGCACCAGAUGGAGAUGGACCAGUAACUCACACAGUGUCAUCUCUCACUGCUGGGACUCAGUACACCUUCACUCUCUUCUCUGUGUUUGAGAGCGUCAGAAGCAGUGGAGUAAAUGCUGUUGCUGUCACUGCUCCUCCAAAUGCAGAAAACUUUGGACCAACAGGACAAGAUGAGAGCAGUAUCACUCUGCAGUGGGACAAAGUGAACAGCAAUGUCAGCUUUAUCCUCCAGUAUAAUGGUGCAGAGAUAAACAUCAGUGCACCAGAUGGAGAUGGACCAGUAACUCACACAGUGUCAUCUCUCGCUGCUGGGACUCAGUACACCUUCACUCUCUUCUCUGUGUUUGAGAGUGUCAGAAGCAGUGGAGUAAAUGCUGUUGCUGUCACUGCCCCUCCAAAUGCAGAAAACUUUGGACCAACAGGACAAGAUGAGAGCAGUAUCACUCUGCAGUGGGACAAAGUGAACAGCAAUGUCAGCUUUAUCCUCCAGUAUAAUGGUGCAGAGAUAAACAUCAGUGCACCAGAUGGAGAUGGACCAGUAACUCACACAGUGUCAUCUCUCGCUGCUGGGACUCAGUACACCUUCACUCUCUUCUCUGUGUUUGAGAGCGUCAGAAGCAGUGGAGUAAAUGCUGUUGCUGUCACUGCAACAGGGUCUCAAUAUGUGGUUGGAUUAAACAUCAGAUUAAAGUCAUCUGUUCAGCUGUCAGCCUCAGACCUGGAGGAUUUGUUGACGGAGCUUUUGGUUGAACACGGAUUAUCCCCGCAUUUAUUUUCCUUGAAGCUUCAUUCUGUUAAGACAUGACACCUGUGGAGGAAAGACGGAAUGGACAUAGUCAUGGUCUGAAUUGCUUUUCCUUGAAAUGAAUGGGGACAAAAUGAUGAUGGGAAAUCAGAUUUGUCAGAUUACAGUGAAAGUGAUUUUUUUUAGUAAACUGUUCUUAAAUGUAGACAUGGCACAUCCCAAAUCAUCAUAUUAUACUAUUUUAGCACAUGUAUGAAAAAACAUAGCAUUACCAUUUGUGCUGUUGGUAAAUUGCACAAUACAUAUUCCAUUAAAACUGUUAAUUCAGAAUUCACUGCUAUUUAAAGGUGGAAUAUACAACAUUUGUUUCAUGUCCAUUUUUUGCUGUCAAAAUCAGAAAGAUUAUAACUGCUGUCAUUUUGUGGCCUGCUUUUACACAGAAGAUUACAUGUCUCUGAUCAAACUGUAAAAUGAGCCAGUGCUGAUUGGUCGUCCCCAGCGUACUGAGGGGCGACUCAUUAACAUGCAGAUUCCAGCAGAUUACAACACGCACACAGAAAGAGUAUGACAUCACGGUUAAAUAGUGGUUUGCUGCUAUGUUAUUGUGUUCAAAACCCUCAAACUUUUACAAAGAGAAAGCAAAAUUUCUCUUUAACCGUCGUUCAUGUUUUUUAAACUUGUCCAGAUGUGAAUUGUGCUUCGCUUUCCUUUGUGAAUUGCAUUAUGGGAAAACAGUGUCCAAACUCUAUUGUAUUUCUAGUCCUCAGUGUUUGGCUGAGCAUACUUUUAGUCUUUUUUUUGUGAACCAAACCUGCUUAAAGUGUAUAGUAUGGAUUUUGGACACACCAUGAGAGUGCCAGUAAAGUAUGGAAAACCUAAAUGCACAUGCUGUUCACUUUAAUUUAUUUUUUUACAGUAUUAAGAAAAUGUUUAGUAUCUUUCUGUUCGGUUGAAAUAAAGAGCCUGGGAAUGGUGAA